CGACUCUGAGUUAAGAUUAAAAGAUUUUCUGUGGAAAAAAUAUAUUAUUUCGUCGUCAAGAAAUCACCGGUCGAAAGAAAUUUGAAAAUUCUGGAUUAUCUGUUGAAGGUACAUCAGCCGUCCUACCGAAAUUUCACCACUGUCAAGACUACUUUCGCGCUCACAGACUUCAUUGCCAUCUUUCCAUCCAACAUGGGGUUCCUGGUUCGGCUGAUAUGCUGCAUGGCAUGCAUGCACGUAGCGUACUUGUAUCCAUUGCAGGACGAUGUCGGCAGCCUGUUCAGCGACAAGAUGAGCUUGGCAAAGAAAGACCCUUUCUACCCAUUCAAAGAAUCAAUACUAUCGUCUCUGGGCCUCUUUGAAAACCCAAAAGGGGGAACUCAAAGUCAGAGAAAGAAGGCUGUCGAUUCCACUUUCAUUCGCUUCGGCCGGAGUUCUUCCGCGAAGCAGGACUCAUCCGCUGAGGGCUCCCUGGAGAAGCCACCUUUCCCUCAAGUGAUGAUCCCCGAUCAGCAGGUCAAGCCAUCUCCCGAACUGUCGAGUCUGCUCAGGAUGCAGCCACCGCGUCUCCUCUUCAGAUGUCGCAUCGGCAACAGCCGGGAACUGCUCCAGGCUCUGAUGAACGAAAACGAAUGCUUACGUGGCUAUCCCAAAGUCAAAAGGGAAAACGUUAACGAUACCUUCAUAAGAUUCGGUAAACGCGAAGUGCGCCCUGAAGAAGAAUUCGAAACGCCUCCAAAUUCGAAAGAAGUCGCGAGAUAAGUCGUCGGAAAUUCCCCUCGUUCAUGUUCCCCAACCCUUACCAUCGUUUUUUUUUACUCCCACUCUCUUGUGAAAUAAUUUUAUUUACAUAGAACGAAUUUUCGUUUUAUUUUAUCGGGAGUAAAAACUGCUCAUGAUGAGAAAAUUUCCAGUCGUCAUUGUUUAGCUACCUGGUUCAUUGAAAGUAUGGUUCAAUAUAAUGCCUAAUUAAUCAUAUAUAUUUAUAAAUA